AUGCAGAUUUUCACCAUUUUCCUCCUAAUUGUGCUGGCGAUAUGUCAAUGGGGAUACGCCGAAACAAUUCCCUCAACCUCCGGCGCAGAAGAUGGCCCCGCAUCCACUGAAGUGGAGGACUUCGUUGCCAAACCCAUCGAAGAGAUAGAAGAACUAUUCCACCAAAAACAGUACCAAAUCGUCAUCAAAGAAUGCGAACGCCUGAUUGCCUAUGAUUCAGCGCGCUGGGAAUCACACUGGGCACGCCUAAAGCUAAGCGAAUGCUAUACUGCGCUCGGACAACCUGAGAAAGCACAAGCGAUUUUGGCUGAAGUUGAGAUUUCCUCCCCCGAAGAACAGAGAGAGGUCUUGGUGUGGCAGCUUCACUAUGCGAUUGAGAAAGGGAAACUCGAUAACGCCGACAAACUGGUAGACACAAUCGAAACGAAAUUCAUCGGAGAGGACUUCGUACUUGAGACGAUGGAGCAAAUCAUCGACUCCUACCGAGAGCGAGGUCGGCUUGAAGAUGCCCGCCGACGAAUUGAUCAGAUGCUCCAACAGUAUCCCUUUCAAGAAAAAACGUUCUGGUUGUCAUUCCGUCUGGGCGAGCACUACUGUGACCGUGGGGAACAUCAACAGGCAAUCGAACUGUUCGAGAAAAUACGGAAGUACCAUCCAUACCAUAUUGAAGCCUCCGUCCAACUCGCUCGAGUCUAUCAAGAAAUAGGGGAAUUUGACCGCGCGAUCGAGACUUGCAAUGCAGCGAUCGAAACCAAUCCCACACACUGGACAGUCGUCCAUCUCUGGUCAAUGCUAGGCGAUAUACACCAAGAGAAAGGCGACUUGCAGGCUGCCUUCAAAGCGUUUCUCACCGCCAGCGAAUUUCGUGGCACAGAUGAAGCGCGCUGGGCACUCCGUCGUGUCGCACAACUACACCAACUACUAGGUGAAUCGGAGCAAGCGGUAGAGCUGCUGACUCAACUCUCCGUCAAGGGCUUGCCUGACAGAUUUGAUACAGAGGUAUUAAUCAAUCUUGCCGCAAUCUAUGUCGACAGUUCCGACUACGAGCGCGCAGAAUCAACACUCAAAGAGCUCAUAGAAUCCUAUCCCCAAACCCAACAUGCCCAAGAGGCCAUGCUGCGACUCCUCGAAAUGUACUGGGAGACCAAUCAACGCGAAAAAGCGGUUGAUUUUUUUAGAUCCCUCCUCGCUCACCCAAAUCCGCAUCUGCGCGUUCAAGUCAUCCGCCGUUUCAUCGAAGAAUCGCAUGAAGAAGGCAUCCUCCCCGAAUUGGAAGCGAGAGGUAAACUUCCCGAACUUGCGAGAAUACUCCGUCAAGCCGUGGACAGAGCGACCAGCCCUGCCGCUGCAUUGGGACUGUUGCGCGGUCUGGCUGUCAUCGCCGAAUGGCAGGAUGAUUGGGAUGAGGCAAUCAAGGUUAAUGCACGGCUCAUCGAGAGAUUAUGA